CCGCCCACUCUGGGUUGACGCCCACCGGAGUCAAAAAGGUUCAGCAGCAGCAGAUCUGUAAAGUUUGUUGCUCAGCGUUCAGUUUACUCGAUUCAAUCUGAAUCUGAUCGAUCUAAAGGAUUACUUCAAGAUUACUCUACAUCAGCGAGUUCAUUCACUUCACGUGCGGAUUCCUUAAACAUUUUAAGAGGAUGGCGGAUCACAGAUGGAUCCUGCGAGCUCUUGGAAACGGCCCUACGAGGAGGAAUCUGUUCGGUCCGGUGGAUCACGAGCAGCUUCAGGUGGAGUACAGUGAUGCUCUGCAGAAAGACCUGAAAGAAGCAUCGCGCCGCUGGAACUUUGAUUUCAUCUCAGAGAAGCCGCUGGAGGACGGAGACUUUCAGUGGGAGGUCGUGUCCGGAGAUCGAGUGCCCGUCGUGUACCGCUCGUAUCAGACGGAGGAACAGUUGUCCGGUCCAUCUGCUGCUGGGAAAGAGAACGACCCCAAAACCUCAGAAGGGUUCAGUUCUGUCCUACAAACCCUGGAGAAAACACCAGAGAAGAAAGAAGCGCAGAAGAGAAAACAGACAAAUAUUACAGAUUUCUAUCAGACGAAGAAGAGACUCGUGGCCACGCCCCGUAAAUCAGGACAAUAACUGUAAAACACAGACACACGGUUUCUCUCUAUCAGGACUCGUGUGGACUCGUAUCUUCAUCAGAUGACACUUUUACUGAUGGUUCGUUUAUGACACAAGAUGUCAUGGAUCAAACGCUCAUCUGUAUCUUUAAAUGUUUGCUGAUUGUUUUCAAUCAUGUAUGAGCACUUCAUGUUUAUGGACGGUUAACAUUCAAAUGCUUUAAAAUCCCUUUACAUUCCCCUGGAUGGAGGUGAAAAUGUUUUGUUUUCUUUUUUGAUGUCUGUUUCAGUCUCACAGUAAUGAUGAGUGAGAUUUCAGUGGAGAUGUAUAGAGAUGUAUUGCUUUAUUGCACAAAAGAUGUAGCUGUAACUCUAAACUUUAAAUCUUUAGUUAUUUAUGAAUCUAACCCUCCAUAUUAAUAUGACUGUUAGUGUUUCUGAAUGUUUUCACGACCUGUCAUUAUGUUUUACGAAAGUAUCAGUAUGCUGUAAUCACAAACACUAAACCUCAAACUCAAGCAAAAUUGUUUGGUAACUGCAGUUACAUUUCAUUACAUUUAUUUCAGUGUGAUAGUUUAUGGCAGUAAUGGAGUUAAACAUGAAUUUGAUAUUCAUGUUUCAUACAUUUGUGUCAGUGUCAUUACAAACAUCAUUCUUGUGUUUGUUGUCAUGAAGGUUAAAUAUCUUGUUUAACACAUCCAGUCAUGAUGUUUAUGAUGAUUAUUAGCAAUGUAACUAUGAUAUAACAGUUUUGUCAUGUUUGUUGUAUUCUGAUGUCUGUCGACUGCAGUAUGUAAAUUAUCAUAUGAAUAAUUGACAUAUAAUACUGAAUUGCACUCUUUUUUAUUUUCAGUAGUGUAACUCGCACAGGUCUGUUAUGGUUAAAGAGUUGUUGUUGUUGUUGUU